AUAAAAUGUGAUUGUUUUGUCUUGUUACAUUUCAGCAUUCUUCCCUUGUCUUGUUAAGUUAAUUUGGUUUGUUAAUGCUAAGAAUUAUCUUAGUUCUGCAGGUGCCAGCAAGAAGUUAAUUUGUUCCUCAAAAUAUUUACCAACUUGUGGCAAUCUGUCAACAUCGUUUGGUAUGAAUUUCAGUGUUCGAAACAAGAGAAAGAAACAUUGUAAAACAUCUGAGUAUGGCGUAAUACCAUAGGAAGUAUCUGCAUGGCUUGUCUGCCCUUGUAUAACUCCAAGGCGAUUCAUUCUUCUGAAGCUUAUUCAACACCUUCCUCAUCAAUUAUGACUUCAAAUGCAGAGGAAGUAAAACAGCAUUCUGAUGAUGGGCUUCAGAGCACGCCAUCAAAAUUACAGAAGGCUGCAGCUGAGUUCAUUGGCACAUACAUCUUAAUCUUUAUAGGUUGUGGAUCAGCCUUUGUCGCCCUGAACCUAAGUGACAUUGGUUUACUUGGCGUAGCCUUCACUUGGGGUGUAGUUAUAACAGCCUUGGUCUACACAUUUGGCCACAUCUCCGGUGCACAUUUCAAUCCUGCAGUGACCAUUGCUGUUGCGGUUGCUGGCAAACUCCCCUGGAUUAUUGUUCCACUCUACAUGGUGGCUCAGGUGUUUGGAUCAGUCCUUGCUAGCUUCACACUAAAAUGGUUAUUUUAUGGAAAUCCAGCAGAAGUCAUGCUCACUCUUCCUUCCCACGGCACAAACAAUCUGAAAGUUAUUGCAUGGGAGAUCACCCUCACAUUCAUCUUAAUGCUUGUUAUCAGUGGUGCUGCUGCUGAUGGCAGAGCGGUCAAGGAGCUCUCAGGAGUUGCAGUGGGAGCUGCAGUCUUUGUUGACGUUCUCAUAGCUGGCAAAGUGACUGGUGCUUCCAUGAACCCGGCAAGAAGCUUAGGACCUGCAAUUGCAGUGCAGAAGUUCGAUAGGUUCUGGCUAUAUGUAGUUGCACCGGUGAUCGGUGCAAUUGCUGGAUCAACCUUGUAUAGCUUCCUCAGCGUGGCAGAAAAUUCUCAUAAUGGGAAGAGUGCAAAAAGAAAUACUGAAAAGAGGAUAAAUUCCAAUAUAAUCUGCUAAAAUGUGUAUUUAGACUAGAGGUAAACAUAUUGUUGAUUUAUGUCAUUGCAGAUUUCUAUUUGCGAAACUACUAUUAUGCACAUAUUAGGUUACACUAAUUUUCAUGGAGCUCUAUCAGUUCUUUUAUCUGCCUUCUGGACAAACUAUUUCAUAAUGUUGUUAGUUAUGUUUCCAUUCAUUGCUUUACCGGAUUAUUUUAUUUUAUAUUAUUUUUUAUGAGAAUAUGGUCUCGAGAAAUAUUCUGAAAUCAGCUUAUUAGGGUUAAAAGAAAAUAG